UGCGCAGCGCCCAGAAAAAUGUCUCUCUACAUUUUACCCAUCGACUCCUUCUGUGUGUUUACCAAAUAGUCCCAGUUCUUAUCUAAAAGGCAUCCCCAGAGCGCCGAGGUGUAGAUGAGUUCCUCCAGGAAAGUCACCGUGCUGCUUAUGCUGGUGGUCCUGACAGUGCAAGGUUGUUUGUCAUCCAAGGGGGAGGACAGGCUGUUCAGGAAGCUAUUCAGGAGAUACAACCAGUUCAUCAGACCAGUGGAGAAUGUCUCUGACCCUGUUACCGUGGAGUUUGAGGUCUCCAUAUCCCAGCUGGUCAAAGUGGAUGAAGUCAAUCAGAUUAUGGAGACAAAUCUUUGGCUGAGACAUGUCUGGAAUGACUACAAGCUGAAAUGGUUUCCCGUUGAGUAUGACGGACUUGAGUUCAUUCGUGUGCCCUCCAAUAAAAUAUGGAGGCCGGACAUCGUCCUCUACAACAAUGCUGUGGGAGACUUCCUGGUUGAGGACAAAACCAAAGCUCUGCUGAAGUUUGAUGGCACCAUCACCUGGAUCCCCCCCGCCAUCUUUAAAUCAUCCUGCCCCAUGGAUAUCACCUACUUCCCCUUUGACUACCAGAACUGCUCCAUGAAGUUUGGCUCCUGGACCUACGACAAGGCCAAGAUCGACCUGGUGCUAAUAGGGUCAAAGGUGAAUCUCAAAGACUUCUGGGAGAGCGGCGAGUGGGAGAUCAUCGAUGCCCCGGGCUACAAACACGACAUCAAGUACAACUGCUGUGAGGAGAUCUACCCAGACAUCACCUACUCCUUCUACAUCAGACGCCUCCCUCUCUUCUACACCAUCAACCUCAUCAUCCCCUGUCUCCUCAUCUCCUUCCUCACCGUCCUCGUCUUCUACCUCCCCUCUGACUGUGGAGAGAAGGUGACCCUCUGUAUCUCUGUCCUCCUGUCCCUCACUGUGUUCCUCCUGGUCAUCACUGAGACCAUCCCGUCUACAUCUCUGGUCAUCCCCCUCAUCGGGGAGUACCUCCUCUUCACCAUGAUCUUCGUCACCCUCUCCAUCGUCAUCACCGUGUUCGUGCUGAACGUCCACUACCGUACGCCCAUGACUCACACCAUGCCGGCCUGGGUCCGGUCUGUGUUCCUGGGGUUGCUGCCCAAGGUGAUGCUCAUGAGGAGGCCUGUAGACCAGGGCUGCCCCUCUGUGGGGAGUGGGAGAGGAGAUGGAACAGGAGGGGGGAGUAUUGGAGGUGGAGGUGUGGGAGGAGGAGCGAGGGGAACGGGGAAGAAGAGGAAAAACAGUAUUGGAGGACGAAUAGGGGGAGGGAUAGGGGGAGGGUGUGUGCAGGUGGACGGGGGUGCGGUCGCAGCCGAAAGGGGGCAGGUGGGGGCGAUGAACUGUGUAGAGUACGGUGAAGUGCAAAACAAGCCAACGUUCCCCUGUAAGGGGAAAGAGGUGCCCAUCCCCACCGCCCCGGUGGUUCCCCCUCCUGCCCCUUCUGAGCCGGACCUACCCAAACUGCCCCGAGCUCUCAACGCCCCACCCAACAUCAACGCAGUGGUGGCCUUCUCCGCGGUGUCACCAGAAAUCAAACAAGCCAUCGAGAGUGUCAAGUACAUCGCUGAGAACAUGAGGACACGCAACAAGGCCAAAGAGGUGGAGGAUGACUGGAAGUACGUAGCCAUGGUGAUUGACAGGAUCUUCCUGUGGGUGUUUGUGACGGUGUGUAUCACUGGAACUCUGGGACUGUUCCUACAGCCUCUCAUCGGCUUCUUCACAUGAACCGUGACACUACUCUUUUCUCCUUUCUUUGUUGUCUUUCUGUUUCCGUUAUCCUCUCAUUCUCUCCAAUCGUCAAUUUUUCUAUUCUCUCUCUCACACUCCCAUUAUUUAUUUCCUCUUCUACUGGCAUCUAUUAUCUUCCUGUCCAAAAGCCGGAAAAAUACAUGUAUUUGUAUUUUUUAAAUGGCAUUGCCUCAUUAUAACCAGUGAUUUACUGUGUAACCCUUUUCUUAGGACAACUACAUUCUUACUGGUUACCAUCUCUGUUACUAGCCCUGUAUUAUGCCAGUAGAGAAGUUAGUUCUUGUUCUAGACAUGAUGCCAAACGGAUCUAGAAUAUGUAGCUCUGUGCCGUAUGUAGUCAGUGGCUGACUGAAGGAGUAACCACACGAUGCCUCUUUCUUAAUGGCAUACUGUUCAUGUUAUGAUACUGUAGUCUACUGAUUUGUUCAUGAUAUAAAUUUGUUAUAUCUCUAUCUUCACUCCUGUGCUAUGCUUAAGGUCAGGAGUAUUUCCUUACCAGGAACAACUCUAUGGAAAUACUCCUGACCUAAGUUAUACUUUCUAUACAAUACCAGUCAAAAGUUUGGACACCUAAUCAAUCCAGGGUUCUUCUUAAUUUUUUUAACUCUUUUCUACAUUGUAGAAUAAUAGCGAAGACACCAACACUAUGAAAUAACACAUAUGGAAUCAUGUAGUAACCAAAAAAGUGUUAAACAAAUCAAAAUAUAUUUUAUAUUUGAGAUUCUUCGAAGUAGCCACCCUUUGCCUUCAUGACAGCUUUGCUGUAGAACACACAAAACACACACACACACAAAAUAGUUUGUGUCCAAGCUUUUGACUGGUACUGUACAAAAUAUAUAGAUGAUGCAUGAUUAAUGAUGCUAACUUUAAAUAAGGUUUCUGUACAGACAUGGUUUUAUGACUUUAAUAUACCAUGAUAGCAUGUUUACAUAUCACACUGGGGUUGGCUAACCACUCAAUGUAAAUGUACAAACUGUAAAGACACUUUGAAAUGCACGUUGUGGAUUAAAACCUCUCUGUAAAAGAUGUGAAAACCCA